GGCGCGCCAGAACUUUCAGUUGGAGAGCGACUGUGGACGUGUGUGGACAGCUCCCGUUUGGUUGAGCUGAGUGUUCACGAUUUUUGGGAAAACAGAUAGCCAGCAGUAACCUAGGGAGUCGCUGCGUACGACCUAAGGUUCCGGUGGCCCCGAGCUGAAAAUAUAGGAGGCCUGACAUCGUCUCUGAAGGACUUGGCGUCGUCUGCUAGACGAGGCGAAGCAGCUGAGGGCACCAUGACGGCGUGCCUCGGAAGGACGUGGGAUCGUGGCUACAACCACUUCACCGACAGUUCCAUCAGCCUCAACAACAGCCUAGACGACGACGACACGGAGCUCGUCGUCUGCAAUGAAGACGGCACAUGGAAGUCGGUGAUCGUGGCCGAGGGGCUGCGUACCUGCGACCUCUGCGAACUGCUGGCGCACAAGAACAACGUGACCAAUGACGUCAACUGGUCGCUGGUGGAGCGGUGGCAGGACCCGGCCAUCGAGAGGACUGUGGAGGAUCACGAGGAUGUGUUGAACACUUACCGCAUCAUGAAGACUGCGCACAGCAAUUCGUCCUUCUACUUCAAGAAGGACUUUGGCAAGUACGAGUUCUUCCACAAUCCCCAGCAAUUUUUCCCGGACAGUAUGAUCGAGUUGCCGAAUGGGAAGAGUUCGGCCAACACCACCAGUCUGGCCAGGAUUAUCGCUCUGCAGAGCCUGCUCACUACCUCUGCACCCACACCUCAAGUGUUCGGCUGGCUAUGGCUGGCCGGCCCCGAGUCUCGGGUCUGGAGAAGAGCGUAUUUCUGGCUCCGCAAUGACGUCCUCUACUAUACCAUGGAGGCGACAGAUGACCCUCCUCCCCGGGAGCGGGACAAGUUCGCCGUGUUCGCCCAGCUGGAGCACUACUCCGUCUACGGGUGCUCGGACGCGCGGCGCGACUUCAAGGCGCCGUGCGACGAGGCUGUCAUCCUGAGAACGGGUCACCAGCUGCGCUGCCUCGCCUGCGACGACUCUGCCACGCGGCGCUGUUGGCAGACGGCCCUCCGAGUAGCCAAGUACGGCAAGCAGCUGCACGAAAACUACAACUUCCAGCGAAUCCAGCACGAAAACGAACAGAGCAGCAGUCCGCGCGAGCGCUACUGCUACUCUGCCUCGCCCAAGAUGCCCAUCCCGCGCUCACGGACUCUCUCGAACGCUGGUCUAUCGGGCAGCGGCAGCGGCGGCGGCAGCCUGCCGCGUGCUGCGCCCGUCUCCCGCACCUCCUGCUCUGACUACGAGACGACUCGAGUCCGGCCGUCCGACUACGACUCGGUGCGAGUCCCUAACGUGAGUCGAUUCGACUCGCGCAGCCGGAGGGACUCGCUAACCCGCGAGCAAAGUAUGCGCUCUCUGGUGGCGAUGGACUUCACCGGCAGCUGUGGCAGGGUGGUCAGUGAUCCGGUCGAGGCCAGGGCCAUCGAGCUGGCAGAAGGCCACCAUCUCAGGAGAACGCACGCGCUAAAGAGGCUCUCAGAACUGGCGGCGGGCGCGUCUGCGCGAGACAUUGAAGGAGCGAUACACAACACACAGCCGUGGUACCAUGGCAACCUGACCCGGGACGAGGCAUCGCAACUGCUGCACAAACACAACGGCCGAGACGGAGUGUUCCUGGUCAGAGAGAGCCGCAGCAACCCCGUGGCCUUCGUCCUCUCGUUCAUCUUCCGGAUGAAGCUGUACCACGCGCAAAUAAUGCCGGUAAAGGACACCAGUCAGUCGCCAGUCACGUGCUAUUUCUCGCUGGACGGCGGCAAGACGCGCUUCUACGACCUCAUCCAGCUGGUGGAGUUUUACCAGCUGAACGCCGGAGUGCUGCCCACCCGUCUCAUAUACUUCAUCACGCACACCGCGCCGUCGUCAUCGGCGCUCCGCCACGUCGCGCAGAGCUUCUAACGGCCGCCGCACCGCCGCCAGCGCCACCGGCGGCGGAAACGCGCGGCUGUAGUUCGUGGCAGCGGCGCUUGGCGGCGCUGCGAGCGCCAGUGCUCGUCCAUACGCGACUCUGCAAUAUGCGCGCGUGUAAGGCGUCGCUGACGCGUCUUGGUUGUUUGGUGUGAGUCAAAGUAGUGCAUAACAUAGAGCGGACCAAAGAGAAUGGGAGCGGCGGUGGGGCGCCUGGCGCCUCCUGUGUGCGAGUACUGAGAGUGUGUCUGCCGUGUCACUGUGCGUGUUCCCGGGACCUGAGCGCGUGCCGAGGACAGAGUCCGGCGGCGGCGUGCUCCGGUCACGGGACGAACCCUGGGCCCCCGGGGCUACAGAGUGGGUAGCGCGGUGGAGUCUCCCUGCUGCCAUCUACCGGCGCGGCGAGCAGGCUCUACUGUCGCGUCUAGUCACCAGGGCGAUCGGAGACGGUCGGUCUGGACCUCCGGUUUGGAUGCCCGUUCGAGUCCACAUGGACAGCGGGCGGAUACCUCAGUACCUGUCUGCACCUGUGUCUUGGAGGGGUCGUGUGUGGCCCUGCGGCGUCAGAGGAGGCCCCCGCGUGCUCACAGGGUGGGGGCUGUCGCGGUCCGCGCGGCGGGCGGGGCGGGGCAGCUACUGCUGGCCCUGUACACUGUUCUGUUGAGUUCCUGGCGCGGCUGGCGACGCUGCGUGAUCUCACGGCCGGCUCUGCCGCCGGUGACCCAGUAUUCAGUUGCUAGGGAGCGUGUGGUGCUCGCGCCUGUUGGCCGGUCGUGUCCGGUGAUAUGUCGAGUUUCUGUGCACCUCUCGAUCAAUUCUCAGAGCUGGCCGCUGCGACUGGGCCGGGGACAUGUGUGCUACUUGACCUUUCGUAUUACUGUUUCCUUAUUUAAUAAUUUCGUCCACGCGUAUGUCCAGUACCCGAGAAAUACAUUGUAUGUAAAUAUGUUGCACU